AUGCUGGAGAUCCCCGGGGAAUCCAGUGGCGCGACCGCGGACGCUCUGGCUGCGAAGCUCAGAGCGUCCCUGGACGCGGACGAGGCCCGAGUGUCCAGGCCCGUCAGAUGCGCAGACCUGCGCAUCAUGGGUCUGGACGACUCGGUAUCGGAGAAGGAGUUAGUGGCCGCCGUCGCCAGGUCCGGGGGGUGCACUACUGACCAGGUCAGGUCAGGCGCCAUACGCCCGGACCAACAGGGUAUGCAUGCCGCCACGGUGUGCUGCCCUGUUACGGCGGCCAAAACCAUAGUGGAGGGCCGAAGGCUUCUGGUGGGCUGGGUCUCAGCGCAGGUUAAGCUGCUGGAGCCCAGACCUCUGAGGUGCUACCGCUGUCUCGUGGGGCACCACGUAUCUGUGAAAUGCGCCUCGGAGGUUGACCGCAGUGGCCUUUGCUUCCGCUGCUGUCAGCCCGGACACAUAUCGGCGACCUGCUGCGCCACGCCGCACUGUGAUGCAUGUGCGGCGACCGGCAAGCCAGCCGAUCACCGGGCCGGAAGCAAGGCCUGCGUGCCACCCGCCAAGGCCAAGGCCGCGGGUAGGGGAGGGCCCUCCGCCGCCACCGCCUCUGUGGCCACCGCCGCAGUCGCGACUGCCGCCGCCGCCGCCGCCGCCGCCGCUGUCACUGUCGCUGCCGCCGCCGCCGCGACACCGACGCCCGCAGAGAGGCGCCCCGUGGAGGAAGCUGAAAUGGAAUGCCUAUAA